CGAGUGCGAUAGCCGCGCGUGGUUUGGCCGGAGAGAAACAGCGUUCCAGUGCAGCUGACGAGUCAUGCUCUAUCCUAACGUGGCGCAACUCUGGAAGCAAUCUCCACUCGUCUGACGUCAGCCCACCAGGUCAGACCAGCGUUCGUGUCCCGACAAUACAGUAGCGAGGAAGCAGAAGUCACAUGUCACCAAAGAACGUUGUCCAUGUCGUCGUUGUGAUGAUGAUGAUUUAGUAGAUCCUGCGCUCGCCCGAUCCAGUCUGCGGAGGGACUCACUCGCAAUCCCCACAAUCGAUGACAGCGUUGAAAAUCGGUGGCUUCCUUACCGACCCCUCGCAUUUUCAGCGAUAAUUGGAGCGCUGAAGAGAGCUGGCACCUGCUGGUAGUGAACUGACAGUGAAGCAAGCGAGUUUCUGUGUGGAUUUGGCCUGAUUGGAUUUCCCGCAGUGGAUUGACUAGGCGGGAAAUCGAGUGAGUGAGAAAGGGAGAGAAGAUGUGCCUCCCCUGCCUGCCCUUUUUCGAUCGGCCGAAUUACUACUAUGAGCCGCCGCCGCGACCUCACUGCGACGAACCGGUGAUUGGAUUUCCGCAGCCGCAGUACUUUCCACACCACCACCAUGACCUUCAUCAUCAGGCACCACCUCCCCCGAUGUUCUACCCGCCGUGGGAGCCUCCCCACCACCACCACCACCAUCAUCAUCACCACGAAGACGACCAUCACCACGAGGUGUGCGAGCCUCCGCACUACGACGACCAUCACCACCACCAUCACUGUUAGGCAACCAAGCAAGCCAAGCGCCCGGAAGCUCAGAUGGAUUUCAGCAGGCGCAGGCAGAUGCCGGUCGCCGAUCAUUGCAGUGGCAGGUACAGCAGUGGCAACUCCAUAUAGAUAGCAACGAUGGCUUAUGUGCACGACGGCGGCGGUGGCGAUGGCAUGAGAUGAAUCGAUGAGCAAGACAAGGACCUUGCCCACCCACCAGUCCUUGAAAACAAUUCGGCGAUUCGGUACAACGACGAGCUCUCUGCGCAGGCGGGCAAUGGAUCGAUCACUUCCGUCACAACCAUCAAUUACAUCACGUUCGAGAAAAGCUGGUCCGACUUGAGCGAAUGGACAAACUUGUUGCGCUGAUUGCACCCGGCAGAGCGCAACGCAACGUGAUCCUUCGGCCUGCAGCGCAACGUCCAUCGGAGCUUGAAGAGUUUCACAUUCGCAAGUGAAGAUCGACCGCUUUACAAGCUCAUCGGGAACGUCGAAGUGCUUCCUCGUACAUAGUUUGACAUGACUCAUGGUUAUUUGUUUGCUUAGCUUAGCGCUCCGCAUGCAGAAUAGCUCCGUCACCAAAUUCGAACUCGGAAUUGUCUGUAGAUAGAAAGCGCUAUUGAUCUCCAUCUUUCCAUCGUAUAACAUCGGAUGUCGAAACUGAUGCAUGCGCGCCAUAUGUAAAUAUAUACAUAAGAAGUAAAACCAGUUUGAAAGUAAAGCUAAUGUUAAAGGG